GGUAGGAGUGAAUAAAUCAGAUGGCCAAUAAUAGCGAAAUAUUUGCAUAUGUACCAGAUAUUUUUGAGCUUUUACCAGAUCGGCAAUAUGAGUGCGAAAUUUGCGAUAAUAAGACCUUCAAAAAUCGCUCUCCCUACAUAUUGCACUUGAAAAACUCACACCACAUCGAAAUUGAAGAAAAUGAAGUCUAUAAAUGUCCAGCGGCUAAUUGUGAUUAUUUCCGUGGCACUUUAAUUCAACUGCGACGUCAUUAUCAAACAAAGCACAUGGAAAAGAAGAUUUGCUGCAACAAAUGCGAUCGGAAGUUUCUAGUGGAGUCGCAAUUCAAAAGGCACAAAUGCUCGACAGUCGAAUAUAGCUGUCAUCUGUGUCACAAAACCUUUAAUAUGCUCAGCCCCCGAAACAAACACAUGAGGAACUGCAAGGGGAUUAUUCCCAAAUCUGGCUCGAAACUAAAGAAGGAUUUAGAAGUUGCUGCUGUGCUUACUGAUGAAGUAUUCAUUGAUGAGAUGAUAAAGCUGAUAAGGCGUAUCCAAAAUAAGACACUGAAGGAUACAAAGCUAGUGAGGGAGCUGGCCAAGUUGACGCCGCACUUACAACGUUUGCAGGGAAAACCUUAA